CUAAUUUCAUUUUUUUUCCUUAAAUUAAUUUUUUAUUUACUUUUUAAUUUCCUCUCAUUUACCUUAAUUUUUUCUUCAAUCUCGUGUGCCUAGAUGAAAUAAUUAUGAAUUUAUCGAUUUUUUUUUUGAACUUUGACGCUUUAGUUUUCCCGAUUGAUUUGUCACUCGAUUUCAUUUGAAUUGCGUUUUAAUUGUUUCUUCGUCUGGUUAAAUUGUUGAUAUGGCUCAGGAAUCAUAUUUCCGGUCUCACUGUACUCGCCGAAGUUUAAUAUCGGGCGGAUGGAGAUGGGGAAGGAUGGAAAAUAUUUUAAUCCAAUGGCUGAGAUUAGAACUUCUUCCUUUGUCCACCCUUCCAACCAAAUGAAGUAUAAAAGUCUAAAAUAAUAUGGAAUAUGUAAAUCAACAAACUAGGCUUUUUCCCAACAUGUAUGUGGGGUUGGCUAUACGAUAUAUAUUUCACCACUAUACUUAUUCAAGACUGUGGUCUCGGUACUCUUGUAGCAAGAUUCUAAUAUAACAAUUGAUACAGUGGAUAGAAGUAAAAAUGGAAUUGCAUAGCCUGAAAGAUUCAUUUGAUCGUGUUGCAAAGAAGCGAAAGGUGUCCUAUUCUAAAACACAUGAAGUUACAGACCUGAUUGUUCAGGAAAUCAAUAAGGCAAUCAAGGUGAUGCAGUCAAGCACCCUUGAAUAUAAAUCAGAACUAGCUGAAUUGAAGAAAAAGUUACAGGAAGUUUCUCCACUCAAUCAGCUAGAAGGCGCCCAAAAGGAACUGAAUAUAGCACUGAUAAAGUAUCCGAAAGCUCUUGAGAAAGUGUUUAAUCGUGAUAUAUCCAAGGCUUAUCAAAAUAUUGAGUUUGAUUCCCCUAUAGUUAACCAAAUAAUUGCCAGCCAUUUCUACAGGCAAGGGCUGUUUGAGGUUGGUGAUUGUUUCAUAGCUGAGGCUCAGGAUGCAGAAGCUGCUGUUGCUAUGAGAUCACUUUUCCAGGAACUUUAUCAAAUGCUCGAAGCCAUGAAGAGUCAGAACCUUGAGCCUGCCCUGAAAUGGGCAGCUGCGAACUCUAAUAAACUGAAGGAAAAUGGUUCGGACCUUCAGCUGAGAAUCCAUCAUUUGCAGUUUGUGAAAAUAUUACAAAAGGGAAGCAGAGAUGAAGCACUCAAGUACGCAAGAACCAACUUUGCUUCUUUUGCCGGAAACCAUAUAGCUGAAAUCCAGAAACUCAUGGGGUGUCUCUUGUAUUCUGAUAGACUUCAUGAGUCCCCAUAUGCUCAUUUAUUAUCGCCGACCAAUUGGGAUACGGUAACCGACGAAUUAACCAGGCAGUUCUGCAAUCUUCUGGGGCAAUCAUACGAGAGCCCAUUGAGUGCCACAAUAGCGGCAGGAAUUCAAGGCUUGCCACCUCUUCUCAAGUUUAUGACUGUUAUGGCAGGGAAGAAGCACGAAUGGCAAUCAAUGAAGCAGUUACCCGUGCCGGUAGAGUUAGACAAGGAGUUCCAAUUUCAUUCAGUAUUUGUCUGCCCCGUAACCAAGGAGCAAUCAACUGACGAUAACCUACCAAUGCUUAUGUCGUGUGGUCAUGUGCUGUGCAAACAGUCUAUCAACAAGAUGUCAAAGAAUGGCUCGAAAACUUUCAAGUGCCCAUACUGUCCAACUGAUAUUGAUUUGACGCAAUGCAGGCAGCUGAUUUUCUGAUGUAAAACCCAAAUAUAGUCAUGAGGUUAUAUUAAAAAAAAAAAAAAAGUUUCCUUUACUGAAUUGAUAGUGUGGAGAACUAGUAAUUGGUGCGAUGUGGCGGAUGUGAAAUGAUGACAAUGCAGGUCAGUGAUGGUGUCAGUGUUUGUUGAUGAACUUGUUGUAAAUAGACAUUCUUUCCCACAUUCAUGCUGGUAAUAGGAAAACCAAGUUGCUUUAUAAAUUUCUCCAAAACAAAUGGAAGAUAAUGAUUAGGUCAUAUCAAAAUGAUACUUAAAUCAUUAGUAGUGUGUAUACACACGUACAUAAUGUAUAUAUAAAAGAUUUUAGCAUCUCUGUUUUCCUUGUUC